CGGGGAGGAGCCGGGGCCUGCAGCGGAGCCGAGCCGAGCCCGAGCCCGAGCCGAGCCCUGACACUGUCCGUCCGCCUUCUGGCUCCCCGGGAGCCCGGACUGGCCGGAGCCCGAGAGGUGGCAGCGCGGGGAGCCCCACGCGCCGAAGGGAGCGGACCGGACGGGACGGGACUAGAGGAGGCGCUGCGGCCACAGUAGCCAGUGACGGGCGUCGGGAACCGCGGCCUCCCGGACCCUGCUGCCCAGGCCAGCUGACGGAGAGCGGGGAGUACGAAAACCCCACCCUCUGGGGCACCCCGGGAGCGGAGGCGGGAGCGGGGACGGGAGCAGCCUCUCCCUGUUGGAGAGAAGACCCUUACCACCCGGGGGAGGGAAAGAAGAGACCCCUACAGGGGACGAGUCUCUCCUUCCUAGAGGCGAGGAAAAUCCCCAUCCUGGCCCGGGAAUAGACCUCCAGAAGUAGAGGGGUGAUCCUGACGAAAGGAAGCAGACAGACUGAGACCGCCCAGCGUGCCUCCACCCUCCAGACACACACUCUCAGCACUUCAGGACUUUUGAGGCAGAGAGGAGGAGGGAUAUGCCUAUGGAGUAGGCACCCUGCAUCCUAUCCAGUACUCACAGGGGAGAGGAAUCCUCACGUUCCGAAGGGAGGACACUCCAGAGCAAGAAGAGGAAUCGGCUUUCAGCCUCUCAGGAGAGGGGAGGAACUUCCCCCUCAACUUCCUUGUAUCUAGACAGUGGAACAGGGCAGAGCCCCUCCGCUCGAAUCUUCGGCACACAGCAAGACCCCUCCACUCUCGAAAGAUCCAGUUGAGGGGGGAGGGGGACUCCCCCAAGGGGGAGGAGACAACUCCUGGUUGGGAGAGGCUCCUCCCCUCUUCCCCCGAGUAACAGGCAGGGUGUGGGGGGUGUGCCACCUUCCCCAGGUAGGGCCUCCUUCUCCUCCCCCUCCUCCUUCCGCUCCUCAUUCUCAGGGGACCCAGUUCCCCUCCCCAGCUUGGGAUGCUCAGCCAAAUAUAGGAAGAGCCACUGAGGAUGAGACUGUUCAUCUGCCUUUGAAGAGGGGAGUCCCUCCAACCCCAAACUCCAGUACCAGGUGGUUCCCUCCCUUUGCUGGGGGAACCUUGGAGACAGAACCCAGAAAUACCAUGGCUUCUGACCUAGAGAGUAGCCUCACUUCCAUAGACUGGCUCCCCCAACUGACCCUCCGAGCUACCAUUGAGAAGCUUGGGAGUGCCUCCCAGGCUGGGCCUCCAGGGGGCAGCCGCAAGUGUCCGCCAGGCUCACCCACCGAUCCUAAUGCCACCCUGAGCAAAGAUGAGGCAGCAGUCCACCAGGAUGGCAAACCGCGAUACAGCUAUGCCACCCUCAUCACCUAUGCCAUCAACUCCUCUCCAGCCAAGAAGAUGACCCUCAGUGAGAUUUACCGCUGGAUUUGUGAUAACUUCCCCUAUUACAAGAAUGCUGGCAUUGGUUGGAAGAAUUCAAUUCGGCACAACCUUUCUCUCAACAAGUGUUUCCGGAAGGUGCCCAGACCUCGGGAUGACCCUGGGAAGGGCUCUUAUUGGACAAUCGACACCUGCCCUGACAUCUCCCGAAAGAGAAGACACCCUCCAGAUGAUGAUCUAUCCCAAGACUCACCAGAACAGGAAGCAAGCAAGAGCCCACGGGGAGGCGUUCCAGGGAGUGGAGAAGCCUCACUGCCUCCAGAGGGGAAUCCUCAGAUGUCACUUCAGAGCCCCACACCCCUCACCAGCUACAGCCAGGGCACAGGAUCUGUGGAUGGCGGAGCAGUGGCACCAGGAGCUCCAGGCCGAGAAAGUGCUGAGGGUCCCCCUCCCCUGUAUAACACCAACCAUGACUUCAAAUUCUCCUACUCAGAGAUCAAUUUUCAGGAUCUAAGUUGGUCCUUCCGCAACCUCUACAAAUCCAUGCUGGAGAAAUCCUCUUCCUCCUCUCAGCAUGGCUUUUCGUCUCUCCUGGGGGACAUGCCUCCCUCUAACAACUACUACAUGUACCAGCAGCAGCAGCCGCCGCCUCAACAGCAGCAGCAGCAGCCACCACCACAGCCACCGCCCCAACAAUCACAGCCACAGCAGCAGCAGGCAUCAGCCCAGGGCCCCUCAACUGUAGGGGGUGCUCCUCCACUGCACACCCCAAGCCCAGAUGGUUGUACCCCACCAGGGGGGAAGCAAGCUGGGGCUGAAGGCUAUGGGCCUCCUCCUGUGAUGGCUAUGCAUCCACCCCCACUGCAGCAUGGAGGCUACCACCCACAUCAGCACCAUCCCCACUCCCACCCUGCCCAGCAGCCGCCACCACCGCAGCAACAGGCACAAGGCCAGGCUCCUAUCAACAGCACUGGCUUUGCCUUUUCUCCUGACUGGUGCUCCAGUAUUGACUCCUUAAAGGAAAGCUUCAAGAUGGUGAAUCGGCUCAAUUGGGCCAGCAUUGAGCAGUCACAGUUGUCAGAACUGAUGGAGAGCCUGCGACAGGCAGAGCAAAAGAACUGGAGCCUUGACCAGCACCACAUUGCCAAUCUUUGUGACUCCCUCAACCACUUCCUUACUCAGACUGGUCACGUGCCCCCCCAGGGGGGCUCCCACCGACCACCAGCCCCUGCCCGCAUUGCUGACUCCUGCGCCCUCACCAGUGGCAAACAAGAGCCAGCCAUGAACCAAGUGAACUCUUAUGGGCACCCACAAGCCCCUCACCUCUAUCCUGGCCCAUCACCGAUGUACCCAAUCCCCACCCAGGACUCAGCAGGAUACAAUCGCCCAGCACACCAUAUGGUCCCUCGGCCGCCGGUUCCACCUCCUGGUGCCAGUGAGGAGAUCCCUGACGACUUCGACUGGGAUUUGAUCACUUAGUGCCUCACAGAGUGUGGCCAUCAGCCCAGGGCUGAGUGGUGAAGUCUGGCAGUGGGGAGAGAGCAGCCCCAGCCCGUCCCUUCUCCACUUGCCUGUAUAUAGAUAUAUAUCCUCUUUGUUCUUUCUCUGUCAGAGAAGCCACCGCAAGAUGCUGCCGAAGAUAACCCCCUCUUUCCUGCCUCAUUCUUCCUCUUCUUGUUUUUUCCUAAUUCUUUUAUUAUUAUUCUUAUUAUAUUAUUAUUAUUAUUAUUGUUGGUUAUAUGCUGUCCCCAGUCUCCUGUCCCUACAUCAUGGACCAUGUCCAUCCUUUGCUAAUUUAAAAUCAUCUGCCUGGAAGGUGAGGCCGUGAUAGCUACAGAGAAAGGUUUCAAACUUGGAUUUACUUUUCUCUUUGAGAAAUUCAAUGCUAAUCCCACCUUUCAGCCCUGAAUUUUUUUCUAUUCCUGUCAGUUCAGUCCAGGAAUGGAGAGGCCACGUUAUCAAGUAGAAGGGAUCUAAAACACUGCUUGGCAGCCAUGAAUUUGCAGGUUUUACUCAAUGGUGCUAAUUUUGUCCUCUGAGCUCUUCCUUGUCCUUUUAUAUCUUCAGUCCUUACUUCUGCCAAUCCUCAUUCCCCAUCAAGGGUAAGAGUGAUGGUGGUGGUGCAGGAGGUGACAAUAAAAUCCUAGGCCUGGGUUGGGUUGAGUAGAAUACUAUAGAGGGGCGAUGGAAUAUAAAAGAGUCAGAAAUUGGGUAUAUACUGGUAUGUCAAAUAAACUUUCUUUGGCUUAUCUAGCCCAUUCUGUAUAGGAGACAGUGUUGGUCUUAGUCAGAACUCUGCUUCAAUGGUAGGGAUGAGGACAACUAUUCAGCAUAGGGUUAGCUUUUUGGAGAUGGUACCGAUUUAACCAUUGGCUUUUUAAACAUAAUUUUCUCUGGAAAUUAACUGUGGCUGUUAUUUGCAUUUACGAAUCCUUCAACCCCCUUUUCCCAUUCAGCAAAUAUUAUUUUGUCCUCCUUUAGUUGUUUGCUCGACUCUUCUACCCAUCUUAUUUUCUUCCCCCAUUUUCUGAGAUUCUCAAGAAAGAAAAGUGACCCAUUAUCACUCCUGGUUUCAUCAUGCCCUAAGACAGGAUAGGAAUCUCUUUCCCACCUAUCAUAGCAGAACCAAAUCUCUAGCAUUGGUGGUAGGAGGAUGGGGAAAGGAAAAGGGAGCUGGCCCAGACAUGGGUAGGGAAUAUUUCAGUUAUUUAAUUCUGUAGCCAAAUGCUUCUCUUGGAAUCCAGAUCAUUGGGGCUGAGGCUUUUGCAAUUAGGCUUUUGAGGGUAAAGGAAAUUGGUAGAGGGGAGUAAAUAACCUAGAGAGAAGAGUUCAGUGAGGGCCAAGGGAGACCCCCAGAAAAAGCUCUAGGGAUAAUUUAUCUCCUUUAACAAGGAGUGGCCAUGAUUUAUUGCUGCAAAGUACUUAGUGUAUAUUUAAUGUUAAUUGUUGACCUUUAGUUAUGAGAGGGAAGAACAAUUUUACUUCUGUUUUCAUUUCACUGAAUGUUCACUUUCUGAAAGCUACAGGACAAAGUGUAUGGAAUGGACAAGCCACUCCCUCUCUGAUUUCUGCUUUUUGUUCAUACUGUUUUAUUUACCCAUGAUUUCCAAGAGAUCUAGCUUUUUGCUCUCCUGCUUUUUCCCCUCAUGCACCCCUUCCUUUCUUUGUAAGGGGGUUAUAUGUGAGAGUUUGUUGAAGAAAUCCAGUAAGGCUGAAGUAAAGGGGCAAGAAAGGGCGGUUAACUAAAGAGCACUUUAUUUCUUUGAAGUUUUUGGUAAGAAAUGGGGGUGUGAGUGGCUUGAAUCCCCCAUUGUGUUGGAGGGCAGUUAGUGGGGUUGAAGUAUGACAUAAUAUUUCCCAUUGGGGAAAGGGUAAUUUCUCUUAGAGGGUGGUAAAAUGCCUUUGCCCUGUGUCCCGAUUUUAGGCAUCUCUUCCUUAUUCCUUCCAAUCAAGGUGCCUCCUACACACAACUUCCCAUCUGUUCUCCCCAAGAUUUCCCUGUUGCGAAUCAUCACUCCUCUUUUCUAAACCCCUUUUCUACUCAGAUCCAUACAAGAUUUGCAAAGGUAGACUAAAUCAUACAUGUAAAUGUCCCUUUUUAUAAUUCAUCCGUGUCUUCUGAAAAGUAGUCUCGUUAAGAACCUUGGUGGGAUCCAGAGUAACUGAAGUUUGGGGCUAGAGCUGGAGAUUGUCCAUCAGGCCUCCUGGGAUUUUAGCUCCCCUCCACUAAACUCAGCCUUGCUAAAUGGCACAGCACAAACCUGACUUUCUUUGGGCCUCAGUUUCCCCUCCCCUCUGUGAAAUGGAAAGAAUACUACUUUUUCUUGUUGGUCCAGCAUUGUUGGACUUGAAGUAUAGUCAUUGUUGUUGUAUUGGGUGAUGUGUGCAAAACUGCAGGAGCUCACUGCCUACAAGAGGAAAUAGGGAGAAAGUGGAGAAGAGGGACAGAAGGAGCAAUUAUUUGGUAUAGAUCCACCCAUCCCUGCCUUCCUCUCUUCAACCCCCAUGUUUCUGGUUUGGUGAGUCCUUCAUACCACCCAUAAUGCUUUGCAUUGGUGCAGGCUGGGAAGGGGGUGUGUGGUCUCACAAGUUGUUGUUUUUUGCAUGCUUUCUUAAUAAAAAAAAAAAAAAAUAUGAAUGUUUA